AUGCUGCAAAACUAUUCAUUCCCACCCGAGCCAGAGAGCUCCAAGGAUAUAGCCUCUUUCGCUUCAAGAAGACACCUUGCCCCGAGACCAAUUGCACCUGCGCCUACGGGCGGAAGGGGCUACCAUCGAAGAGGCCUCAGUCUUGACCAGGGUGUGGCGCGACACCAGCAGAAUGCAUCAACAUAUGGACAGGAGAUGCAUGAUUGGUCUCGAUGGCUGGAUAUAGGAGAUUAUAAUAUCAACCUUGUCCCGGGGGCUCAGCGCCCAAUAACACCACUCCAGCAAAUUGAGAACAUCGACUCUUCCUUAUUAACGCCAGCAACGACACCAUGUUGGAAGCCGUCAACUGUGUUUCCACGAAACUGCAGAACUGCUCAAUCCUCUCCUACAAAAAGAGUUCCUCCACCCCUUCUUCCUCGAAAUGGAGAGUCAAUGCAAAGAGCAAAGUCAUUCCAAGGCUCCGAGAACGGCUACCAUCACCGACAUCACAGUCUCCAAUGUUCUCAAGGGUUUGAAGGUCCUCCUGAGUUUCAGCUACCUGAAUCUCUCGAAUCAAAAAUACCAACGACGGAUGACGAUAUUUUUACGGACUUGAACUUCGACUCUGUCGAUAAUUCGGAUCCUUUCACUUUGGGAGGCCUACCAUCACCAACUAUGACUUCAUUCUCAUCACAACCCGAGCUUCCGAAAGACUGCACAGCAGAGCUCCCUGAUCAGAAAACAAAGAAGGUCCCAAUUGCUCCAGCCCCAGCUGCCGCAUUGCCAACAAGGCCAAGGCCAGCCACCUCAAGUGGAGCUACUUCUCCAAUCAAGGCAGCAUUAGCACCUCGUGUAGUGACGAUCGCCGACCUGAAGCUUGAUGCAAGCAUCGACGCCUCCCUGGAGGAAACUGGGAUCACUCUUGAGGAUAUAUGCGGAUAUAUCGAGGGUCCCGACCCGAUAGAUAAUAAAUGGAUAUGCACCUUUGAUGGAUGCAUGAAGAGAUUUGGGCGGAAAGAAAACAUAAAAUCUCAUGUUCAAACACAUCUCGGCGACAGGCAAUUCAAGUGCAAUCAUUGCAACAAGAGUUUUGUCCGAGGCCAUGACCUGAAAAGACAUGCGAAAAUCCACACCGGCGUGAAACCAUACCCCUGUGACUGUGGAAACAGUUUCGCAAGACAUGAUGCUUUAACUAGGCAUAAGCAACGUGGGAUGUGUAGCGGUGCAUUCGUUGGUGCUGUGAGGCGGGCAGAGCGACGUGGUAGGCCAAGGAAAGAGAGACCCAAACAAGGAGAGAGACGCGAGAAAGCAACAAGAGCACGGCAACGAGAGAAGAGAAAAGCAGCUAGCCCAGCAAUCCAAGAACAUUCAUCAAGUUCAUCGGCACCGUCACCAGAGAGUGAAAAUUUUGAGGCUCCAAGCACUAGAGAUCAUAGUCCCGCCAAGGAUAUGUUAUUCCUCGAUAUGGAAUCAAUCUCCUUACCUCCUGAUGUUUUCACAUUUACGCCUCCUGCUUCUCCUAGCUAUAGCACAGGCAAUAUCGGUUCACCUGCCCGCAGUUAUUAUUCCGCUUCCCAGGAACCAGAAGAAACACCACUCUGCUUGUCACCCUCAAAACGAUAUCUCGCCGAUAUUCCAGAAGAGAUCAUUGAGCCUCCAUCCCUUGACUGUGGAUCUCCCACACCUGUGAAGCGUGAAAUCAAAAGGGAUCUGGUUGGAUCCCCAUGCCGAACUAUCUGGCCAACCAACCAUGUGUCCACACUUACUGAGGAUUCAAGUGGAACUGAAUUUGAUGAUGUCUUUUCAAGCCAUGCAAGCACAUCAGCCUUUGACCCCGACCAACUUCCUCCUUUGGGCCCUCAGUCAACAACAGGGAUAUCAGAAUCUGGAUCUUCGCAGUAUGAUGAUGAAUUGUUCCUGAGCCACUUGAAUAGCGAAGCCCCGAAUCUCGACAAUGACUAUUUCCCCUUAUCUUUGUCACCAAGCACUGAUUCUUUCUUUGACUCGUUCACGACAGAGUUGAAAUAA